AUGUCCUUCCUCAGCAACCUCUUCUCCUCCUCCUCCAACAGCGCUUCCAACAUGUCGUAUCCCGACUCGCGCACUGCCGACGAAUGGCGCGCUGUCCUCAAUAAGGAGCAGUUCCGCAUUCUGCGCGAGAAAGGCACCGAGGCCCCCGGCUCAGGGACCUACGACAAGCACUACCCAUCCGACGGCGUCUACACCUGCGCGGGCUGCGCAACGCCCCUCUACAAGGCCAACCACAAGUUUAAGUCGGGCUGCGGCUGGCCCGCGUACUUUGACAGCAUCCCCGGGGCCGUGACCCGGCAUGAGGAUCGGGCGUUUGGCAUGACGAGGACGGAGAUUGUCUGCAGCAACUGCGGUGGCCAUCUGGGUCACGUCUUCAAGGGAGAGGGGUUCCCCACCCCGACGGACGAGAGACACUGCGUCAACAGCGUCAGCCUAAACUUUACCCCCGAGGACAAGAAGGCUUGA